AUGGCAGCAUUGAAGAACGUUUUUCUUAGCCUCUCCAAGUCGUCGGAGCUCUCCCAAUCCCUCCCCCUCCGCCCCACCGUCUCUCGCGUUUACUUCGCCGCCGCUUCCAGACACCAGCAGGUACUACUACACUCGCAUUCUUCAUUUAUCAAAUCCUUUCCUCCCUCUCCAACUCACGCGAAACCCCGUCUCAAGGGACGAAACAUGGCCGGCAGCAGAGAGUACAGCCCCUACAACGACGAGGAGCCGCAGGACGAGGUGAGGGAGACCAUGGACAAGGCCAAGGAAAAGACCCGAGAGAUGAAGGACAGAGCCAAGGAGACCGCCGACUCAGUCAAGGAGAGGGCUCAGCAGAUGAACGACAAAACCAAGGAAAACCUGGGAUCCAUGGCGGACAGGGCCUACGAGAUGAGGGAGAAGACCGCCGACAAGACCAAGCGGCAGGCGCACGAGGCGACGGACAAGGUGAAGGGCGCCGCUGAAACGGCGGCGGAUAAGACGAAGGGGUACGCGCAGGGGGCCAAGGAGACGACCAAGGGCGCCGCGGAGAAAGUGGCGGAUGCGGCCAAGGAGACCACGCAGAAGAUCAAGGAGACCACGCAGAAGAUCAAGGAGACGGUGGUGGGGAAGUCGGAUGACGAUGAUUUGGAUGAUUAUAUAGAGGAGCACGUGAAGAAGCCGGCCCGGGAGCACCGGGGUGAGAAGGUCAUGGAUGAGGAUGUGGUGGAUGCGAGGCGGCGUCGCGCGGACGAACACGACCGUGGCAAGCUUUAA